AAUUAGACACGACACUCCAAAUCCUAAAGUAACCUUACAAGUCUAUGUCACUUCCAAGUCCCUUACUAGUGUAAAAUCAAUCUCCAAUUUUCUAUGAAAGAAGCUUCAAUUGGCUAUGAAAUAACCUGAAAAUAUUAAAGUCACCUAGCUAGGGGCUAGGCUAGGAGUUAUAGUCUUGAAUUGAGAAGGAAAGAAAAAGCUACAAAUAUGAAAGUAGAGAAUUGCCAACACUUCAGCCAUAAGCACAUCUUGAUCCCUCUGAAACUUGAUGAAGGAGAGAAAAUCUAUUGCAAAGCCUGUGAACUACUCAUAAUUGAACCAUUUCUUGGUUGUCUUUCUUGUACCUAUUACCUUCAUGAUCACUGUCUUAAUACUCCUCGGUCUCUACAGCAUCCAUCUCACCCUGAUCACCCCUUGACCCUUCUUCCAAUUCCAACCUAUCCCACUGGAGCCUUCUCCUGCAAUGCCUGUGGAUCACACGGAACUGGCUUCAGCUAUAGUUGUGCCCACUACGAAUUCGACCUUCACAUGAACUGCGCACUAUUUUUGUCAGCCACAACAAAGAUAGUUGAGCAUCCUCAUGCACUGAAACUAACCUUUAAUCAUCCUCAGAUCUUCCCUUGUAAUAUAUGUGGUGCAGCAAUUGACAAACAAUUUUGGAGCUAUUACUGCAGUGAUUGUGACUUUGGAAUCCAUUUGGGCUGUACCAAACAUGGUCAACAGCAUUUCUGUGGGGCAUCUAGUAGUAGAUCAAAUAAUCAAUCUGCCAUGACUCAGCCAUCGGGUGCAGUCGAUGCAGUGGAUCGUCACAGGGAAGUCAUGAAUGAGACGACGGAAAAUCAGCUUGCCUUGUUGACUUUACAGAAUCAGAUACACUUACACUACUCACAAGCAGUAGCGGAUCGCGCGAGAUGGGAAUGUCCUCGUUACUGAAGUAAACUCAUGAAACCCUCAAGGUUGGACGGCCCAAGAACAUCAUAUCCUUUUCUUUUCUUUUCUUUUUUUGGUGCAAAAUAUCAUAAUUGUUUGUGUACUAUUGGCAAAUUACUAUAACACAUAAGCUCUGUAUAUGUAAAAUAGCAUACAUAUGGGAACUAGAUUAUGCAGUUCUGCUCUGCGCUUUGCAAGCCUUAAUCAGGAUGAUGGUUGAUAAAUGAAGCAGAGCGUGUUACUAUUCUACGAGGUUCUAGCAUUGAUAGUAGGAUGUGAAAUGUCUUGU